GCAGAGUCAGGGGAUAUGGGGAGUAGGUAGGAACAGGGUAUUGAUCGUGGAUGAUCAGCCAUGAUCACAGUGAAUGGCGGUGCUGACUCGAAGGGCCAAAUGGCCUACUCCUGCACCUAUUGUCUAUUGUCUAUUGACCUGUUUGUUAGUUUAGUCUGGUUUGGCUCAGCCACCAAGCAAGACAUCUGGAGGCUCCAGCGAAUCGUCCAAUCAGCUGAGAAAGUUAUUGGCUGCAACCUUCCCUCCAUUGACGAACUGUACACUGCAAGAGCCAGGAAGCGAGUGGUUAAGAUCAUCUCUGAUCCCUCUCACCCUGGCCACAAACUCUUUGAAUCACUUCCCUCUAGAAGGUGACUCCAGACUGUCAAAGCUGCCACAGCCUGACAUUAAAACGGCUUUUUUUCCACGAGUAGUAGCUCUACAUAAUAACCAAAAAUCUGUAGCCUCCUUUUGCUCUGGUAUUUUAUUUAAUACACAUGUUUAAUCAAUAAUGUUUUAUUAUUAAUGUUUAAUGUUUUAUGUAUCAUUCUUAACUGUCACUGUAUGUCAUGUUGUCACUUGUGGGCGGAGCACCAAGGCAAAUUCCUUGUAUGUGAAUACUUGGCCAAUAUUCAUUCAUUCAUAAACUUAUUCAUUCAUUCAUUCAUCCAUUCAUUCAUUCAUUCAUGCACCUACCAUGUCCCAUACACCCACCACCCUUUGUGUGAAGAAUUUACCCUUCAGAUUCCUAUUAAAUAUUUUCCCUUUCACCUUAAACCUAUGUCCUCUCUAAACUAAACAUAAACUAAACUAAAGCAUUUAAUUCUAAUCCCAUGUGCCGACUACUUCACACCAUAACGCUCUCUCGACCUUCCCUCAAACGUAUGCCCUCAAAACAUUGUUAAUUCAUAAUAAUGAGUCUCCAUACCCAUCGCUGCUGAGGCUACAAGGCUUUAUCGCUUCUGUGAAAGACUUGGAAUCGCUUUCUACUUUAAUUCGUUUAGUUUAGUUUAGUUUAUAGCUACAGUGCGGAAACAGGCCCUUCAGGCCCACUGAGUCCACACCAACUGGCGAUCAUCUAUUCACACUAGUUCCAGCCUACACAUUAGGGACAAUUUUACUGAAGCCAAUUAACCUACACAUCUUUAUAGUGUGGGAGGAAACCGGAGCACCCGUAGAAAACCCACGCAGGUCACGGGGAGAAUGUACAAACUCCGUACAGACAGCACCCGUGGUCAGGAUCGAACCCAGGUCUCUGGCACUGUGCGGCAGCAACUCUACCGCUGCGCCACCGUGCCACCCGCCCCUGUGAAAGCUUGGAAUCGCUCCUCCUGCUUUUAUUCUGACGCUGACUUUUGCCAUUGUUGCGCUUUUCAAACAAAGGAUCUGCUUCUUCUUCUUGCGAAUGAAACAUAAACCAAAGGAAUAGUUAGAUCUCAAGCCGGGUGUUGAGCAGCCAGGUUGUUGGCUCUGCGUCAAUGUCUGCCAGGCCCUGAGCUCCAUUUGGUGGGUGGUAGAGCGGGCACUCAGAGAUGACAUGGUUGGCUGUCUGUUGUUCUGCUCCGCAUUCACAGGCUGGGCUCUGGUGGAGUCUCCAUCUCCACAUGCUGGCAUUGAACCGCCCAACUCCAGUACCAAGUCUGUUGAGCUUCACCCAUGCUCCUCUGGGGAGGUCAGACCCUGGAAGCUUUUAUCUGGUGAAGAGAUGUAGCUAUGUAAUGGAGAUGAGGUUGCCUUCCACUCCUGUGACCACUUGGUGGCUAUCCAGUGUGCUUUUGUCUCAGUUGGCUGGAUGGAUUGUUUUCCAUGUGGAGCAAAGGGGUGACGGGACUUCAGUCAUGGUGGCCUCUGCUCUCUGCUAAUAGCCUGAUGGAGGAGGUGAUCUGGGUCCAUGGCACGACGAGAUAGUGCCAGAGUUGCUGCUUGCCUUCGGAUCCCUGCAGGCAGAAUACGUGCAAGUAUAGGGAGCUGCUCGACUGGAGUAGGUUGAAGGCACCCAGUGAGAAAGGACAAUAUAACGAGAUGGGCUGUUGCCUUUGAAAUGCAGCAUUAGGCUGAUGGAAUCAGCGGCAAGAGAGGCAGGGAAGGAUGUUUGUUUCCGGUGGCUGUCUCCAACUACACAGUUCUUAAGUGGUGCCAAGAAGCUGCUCAUGUUGCAGUGAAUGGCAUUGGCCACCCCUGCAAACACUUCUAGCAGCAAAAAGCACCUUUGAUCAGUGCUCACAUCUCCUGGGGAAUGAAGGGUGAGCAAGUUGACCUUUCAAUGGUGCAGAAAAAAGGAAAGGAGAUCAAAGCUGUGGUGAAGGAAGUACUUUAUAGAUUUUAUUUUCAAAAGGUCAAGUAUAAAGGCUCAAGGUCAACAGUAGAGUGGGUCUGCAGUUAGCAAUCAGUCCAAUAGUUCUGCACAGUAACAAGACAAUACUUUGAUUGCUUUUCCCAUUAUUUUGCUGCACCAGGUAAUCUUCCUGUAAAUCCUUUCUCUGCACAACUUUGACACUAGUGUCACUCUCUGUUUCCCAUGGGCUGAGGCUGAUCAUAAAGUCAUAGAGUCAUUGAAUCAUACAGUAUGAAUCACACAUCACAGAGGUCUAUAAAACCACAAGGGGAAUAGGUAGGGGUGAAUGCGCAGAGUCGUUGACCCAGGGUAGGGGAACGUUAAUUUAGUUGAGAGAUACAGAUAUUUGUCAAUCUCUCCCUUAAAAAUACCAAUUGACUUGGCCUUCACAGCUGCCCGUGGCAAUAAAUUCCACAGAUUCACCACCAUCAGACCAAAGAAAUUUCUCCUCCUCUCCUUUUUAAAGGUAUGUCCUAUUAUUCUGAAGCUAUGACCUCUGGUCCUAGACUCUCCCACUAAUGGAAACAUCCUCUCCACAUCCACUCCAUCCAGGCCUUUCACUAUUCAGCAAGUUUCAUUGAUGUUCCCCCUCAUCCUUCUAAACAAUUUAAGGUGAGAGGGAAAUAUUUAUAAGGAACCAGGGGACAAUUUUUUUUUUACUCAGAGGGUGGUGAGGAAAUAGAACAAGCUGCUACUGGAAGUGGAGGAGACGGGUAGAAUUAGAUUGUUUAAAAGACAUUUGGACAGGUACAUGGUACCUGUAUAGACAAGGUUGAGUGGAAUAUGGAUCAAAUGCAGGCAAAUGAGACUGAAAGGCCUCUUUCCAUGCUAUAUAUCUCUAUGAUUAUAACUUUGAGUGUUGUGCUCUUUGGGGUUAAACACUAUUGAAUCGAUUAUUUUGAUUCUCCUAUCGUCUUCCCAUGACCUUUCUAACCUCCACUUAUUGUCGAGAGAGAGACUCACCAUUGCAAGAAGUGACUUAUCUGAUCACCGUUUCUGCACGUUUUCUGCUCCACACUUGACCAUUGGUUUAAGCCACACAAUAUUCCUCAGUGUCGGUGACAAUACGCCACUCGUGUGUGCUCUGCGCUGGGAUUGAAUGUCCUUUAUUGAUGGUCUGUCUGCGUGCAUGACUGACAAAAAGGGAUAUCAGCCUGGUUAAUUAUCUAUGCAAUCGUUAUGGCUGAACGGGCCAGUAAUCUUCUAGGCAAAUCAUUAACUGGGAGGUAAUCCUUCUUCAGAGAAGACUCGGGUGAUUAUGGGCUUUGUGUUCAUUUCCCCGGUGAUGCGUGCUAAACACAGCCAGCCCCAGCGCCAGCCCCAGCCCCAGCCCCAGCCCCCGCUGGGGAACGGCUCAAUUCACCGUGCCCGCCUCGGCGAUGCCUGCAGAGAUUAGAUCCGCUCUGGACCACCUCCUCGCCGGAGCAAGCACCGCGGAACGAGCGCUGCCAGCAUGGGAGGAAGCGAUCAAAGACUCUGAAAUGCCGGAGUGUUUCGUCUCAUUGCCUCAGGAUGCAGCGAAGAGCUUCUCUCACACCAAGCGGGUAGGGAACUACCUGGUGGGCAAGAUGAUCAACAAAGGCUCAUUCGCCAAGGUGAUGGAAGGGCUGCACAUUCCGACAGGAGAGAAGGUAGCCAUCAAGGUGAUCGACAAGAAGAAAGCAAAGCAGGACACUUACAUCCAGAAGAACAUGAAGAGAGAACCCCGCAUUCACCAAAUGAUCAAACACCCCAACAUCGUGCAGCUCUUUGAAACGCUGGAGACUGAGAACUCCUACUACAUGGCGAUGGAGCUGUGCCAGGGAGGUGACCUGAUGGACAGAAUCUGCGAGAAGAAGAAGCUUGAAGAACGCGAAGUGCGGAAAUACACCCGGCAGAUCCUGGCCGCGGUGGAACACCUCCAUCGCCAUGCCAUCGUGCACAGGGAUCUGAAAAUAGAAAACUUUCUCCUUGAUGAAAAUAACAACAUCAAAAUUGUAGAUUUUGGAUUAAGUAACAUCCUGAAGAAUGACAGCCAGGAGAUGUUAAAUACACAGUGCGGGAGUCCAGCCUAUGCUGCCCCUGAGCUCCUCGCCCACAAGAAAUAUGGUCCCAAGGUGGAUGUCUGGUCAAUCGGGGUCAGUAUGUUUGCAAUGUUCACUGGCACAUUACCAUUCACCGUCGAGCCCUUCAACAUCAAACAACUGCAUCAGAAGAUGGUAAAUGGGGACAUGAGUUCCAUCCCAUCAGAAAUUUCCUCAGGGGCUGCGCACUUCAUGCUUUCUUUACUCGAACCCGACCCAGCCAAGCGGCCCUCCGUCAGAGAAGCAAUGGAGGAGAAAUGGAUAAAUGAAGGGUUUGUUCGAAGACCACUGCACUCAGUUAUCUACAAGAAUAGACUUCGUUCUGAUGAACUGAACUCGGUGGUUUUGAACUUUAUGACAGAGAAGAAAGGUUUCGGGUUGACGGAGAUUGUUAACACAUUAAUCAACAACAGGCCAUCUCCAAGCAUGGCAACGUACUAUUUAUUAGUGCAGAAAUUGGCACGGAACCAAAAAGAAAUAAAAAACAAGAAGAAAAUUGAGCCAAGUGAAUGGAACUUAUCAUCUGAGGGUCUGCAAAUUCACCAAGUAGAAAACAACUCCCUUAAUAAAAGACCAAUACAGCAGAGAGAAAAUGAAGCAGCAAAACAAAGCAAAGAGAUGGAGGGAAGAAUUCCAGAUGAAAACCUACCGUCUGAAUCGCAGAAAAGUAGGAAAACGACAGAACAAUUUUUUCAGGAGGAUCAGAGGACCAUGGAGACAAGCAAGAGGCAGUGGAUGCACAGCCCCACGCCAAAAGACAGUAUUAAAGAAGAGGAGAUUGCAAUUUCUUUAGAAAAACCUGUCAACUGUUUCCCAGAAGUUUCUAAAUUUGCAAACAGGGAACUCGUGCACUUGGGACUUCCUUCGUCUAGACAUGCAUCCGACCUGGAGGGCUCAGAUUGUCAGCAUAAACCAGAGGCCACCCAAUGGACAGUUGCUGCAAAGAGGCAAGACCAGAAGGAACAUAUACAAGAGACUCGUUUGCAACCAAUAGGUCCACAGGAGGUUGAAAGGAAUCACAAAUCACCAAUAGGCAGCCCUGAUAAAGCUACACCCAGACUUUUGUUGGAUACCAAAGGAUAUUUCAAAAGUCCACCAGCCCAUCAUGAAACCAAGUUUAAAGACCUUCUUCAAGCUAUGGAAGACCAAUCAGCACCAGCACAUUGGAGGUGUCACGAGAAAGAUGAGAACAAUUUUGCGGUGAUUAAAACUCCUCAGCCUUCCCAAUUGCCAAAACUCAAUCAUGGCAUUUUCAAAGAUCCCUUUGGCAACAAAACCAGCUGGGUCCCGUCACCUUGCCACAGGACAAAUAGAUCCUCGCCUUUCUUGGUCAAUGGCGCCAGGCAGCCACUAUUCACACCUUCGCGCCAGCAGGCCUUGGUGGCCAAGAGCUUGCGUCAGUCAAAGGAGAAAACAAAAACCUCUCUUUCCAACAACCUGUUCAGAAGGAACUGCAUUCAGCUGAAAGCGGCACGCAAACGCACAGACUUAAAUCUACUUGUUCUGCCAUCAGCGUUUCAGUCAAAGUCAGACAAAAAAGGUGAAAUUAUAAAGCUGGACUUUGUGUGAUACAAUAGACAAUAGACAAUAGGUGCAGGAGUAGGCCAUUCGGCCCUUCGAGCCAGCACCGCCAUUCAAUGUAAUCAUGGCUGAUCAUCCACAAUCAGUACCACAAUGGAGAACAUGGAUAGGUAACAUUCCAGCCUUUCCUUAGUAAACCUGCAUCUGCAGUUCCUUGCGCAACAUUUUUCUUAUCUAGGUCCCAAACAGCCUUGUAGACAGAGACAAGAUGUCAAGUAUUCCACCAGGCGAUGGCAGAACACGCUGACUAUUAUUUAUCCUCAAACAGUGCCCCUUGGCAUGAGACUCCUCAGUUUGGGGAACUACCCUUCCCAGCAUUUAGCCUGAGAAGCCUUUAAGAAUGUUGUAAGUGUUGAUAAAAUAUCCUUUCACUCUUUAAAACUCUAGAGACUAUGUUCAUAAAUUCAUGUGAUAGGAGUAGAAUUAGGCCAUUCGGCCCAUCAAGUCUACUCCACCUGAUCUAUCUUUCCAUCUUAUCCCCAUUCUCCUCCUCAUAACCUCUGACACCUGUACUAAUCAAUCUCUAUCAAUGUAUCAACUAAUCAAUGUGUCUAUCUCUGCCUUAAAAAUAUUCAUUGACUUGGCCUCCACAGCCUUCUGUUUAAUCCCAGCCUACUCAAACCAGGAAAUGUGCCAUUCCUGGAACCAAGUGAAUCUUCACUGCAUAACCUCAACCUGGGCAGUGUCUAAUUGCAAGCCUUCUUGUUGAGUAACCAAAAACCAUUUACUCAUGGGACCUAUUCCAAUUAAUCUCAGUAAAAGCCCGUAUCCUUGGACUUUACAGCCCAAUAUCACCCAUGAAAUAUUUUUGGUACUGAUAUAUUUUCCCCACUAAGUCAUGAUGUAAAGUGCAAUAGAUAUCAGACCAAUACAUUGCUAGUUUGCAUUUUAAAUGUCAACUAUGCAGUCGGAACAGUGGUGCAACGAUUAACCUGCUGCCUCACAGCGCCAGAGACCUGGGUUCGAACCUGGCUACAGGUGCUUGUCUGUACGGAGUUUAUACGUAUUCCUUGUGACCGCGUGGGUUUUCUCACAAGGUUUCCCCCCACACUCCAAAGACGUACAGGUUUACAGGCUAAUUGGCUUUGGUAAAAUUGUAAAUUGUCCUUAGUGUGUAGGAUUUAUUUGGAAUUUGAGGGGUAACAUUUUCACACAAAGGGUGAUGGGUGUAUGGAACAAGCUGCCAGAGGAGGUAGAUGAAGCUGGGACUAUCCCAUCAUUUAAAGAAACAGUUACAUGGAUAGGACAGGUGUGGGGGGAUAUGGGCCAAGCGCAGGCAAGUGGGACUGGUGAGUUGGGACAUUGUUGGCCAGUGUGGGCAAGUUGGGCCGAAGGGCCUGUUUCCACACUGUAUCACUAUGACUCUCUCUAUGACUCUAUGAUAUUGUUAGUGUAUGGGGUGAUCACUGGUCGAAUGGCGGAGACACACUGGGCCGAAGGGCCUGUUUCUGUCCUGUAUCUUUAAAGUCUCAAGAUGAUAUACGAUAUAAACUCACAAAUGGCAGAGGUACCAUUAAAAGAACAUGAUCUUGCAUUAGUUGAGAGACUGAUAGAGAUUAGAAAAAUAAUUGUGCAAGAAAGGCUAACCAUACAGAGAAAUAUUUUUAUGUCAGGGUCAUUCGAUUGGACUAUUAGAUUACUGCUCAACUGUGACAUGACUAUUAUUAUACUUAAGAACUUUUUGUAGUCAUGAAUAUUUACUAUCGUCUAUAUUCUGCUAUGAUUUAAUCACUCAACAGGGUGCCAAAUAAACAUACCUAUUUUUGGCCUUUUACAAGUAUAAUAAAUAUAGCUUUUUUAAUAAAUCAAUCGGUGUAUAUUUUAGCUAAAUGAAUUAUUUGUUCUGCAAUCUAUAAACAGUGUUAAAUGUAUUUUGCAAUACUGAGUAGAGCCUUUAUGUACUUAAUAUAAUUCCUUUCCUGUUUGCUCAGUAUUUGGUGAAACAUUUUUCUAUUCCUCCAACAUGGUUCAGAUAUAUGUAUUAAAUGUUUUGAUCUAUUGCAGUGUUUAUCUCAGGUAAAAAUGUGCAGAGUAUACUUUGUACUCCUAAACAUGUAAGAUAUUAUAAAUUGCUCCUAUUU